AUGUCAGCACCUCGGCUUCGUGAAACCAUUGUUGAUUGUCUCUAUGAACUGCAAUCAGAUUCCGACGAAGUUCAACAGAAAGCUCUCCAAACCCUAGCUUCCAUUACUAAAGUCAGUCCUCGAAACAGGAGUUUGCUAGCACAAACAGAUGGAGCAAUAUCAACCCUUCUCGAGCUCUCAGAAUCAUCCUCUACCUUCAUCCAAACUCUCUCGUUGUCCAUUCUUUUCAACCUGUCCCUGAAUCCUGACCUUAAGCUCUCUCUGGCAGAGAUGGAAACCAUUCAUCUUCUCAAUGCAGUAAUUGAGUCCCCAGCUUCCCCAGAAUCCAGCAAAUUAGCUUCCUCUCUGAUCUGCAGCUUGGCAAUGCUAGACAAGAACAAGGCAAAGUUUGGCGUAGCCGGUACCAUACAGUUGCUUGUGAAGGAAGUUUCAGCACCAAAUGGUCCUGCUGGCCAUCAUCUCCUUAGUUGUUUGGCUGAGCUAGUGCACUUCCAUGGGAAUUGCACUCUAGCAGUCCGAUCAGAAGCUGUCACGAUACUAAUCCAAGUAAUAGGAAACACGGAAACUGAGGAUCUAGCUGGAACUUCGCUUGCCGUUCUUGGUCUUCUUGCAAGGUUUGAUGAAGGGUUGAAUGCUUUGAGAAAAACAGACCAGAUUGUGAGUUCAAUGUUUGAUGUGUUAAAAAGGAGGUGCAUGUUUAGUAAGGAGGGUGCAGCUGAAAUUCUGAUUCGCCUGUUUGAUGAAAGUGAGGGUUGUGUGAGAGAUGCAUUACGGCUAUCGGAAUCCUCAAGUGUGCUGGCCGAUCUUUCAAUCAGGGGAUCAGCUAUAGCUCGUGAAAGGGCUGGUCAGUUGAUGAAGAAGAUGAUGGAAGCUAAUUUGGAAUCAUAUAGUGAUGGAAACUCCAUGUUUUAUCAAUGGUAA